GGCAGUAGGCCAGAUCGUCCGAUUCCCUCGUCCAUGGAAAACGAAGACUUAAUAAAUUACUAAUCUCGGAUUUUUCCAGUGAAAUUCAAGAAAUUUUCCAGAAAAAAAUCGACAAUCCAUCGUCGGUUGAACUGCAAUUGCUCGGGUUUAAUUCAAGCGGAAUAAUGUGGCUAGAGGAUUGCGAUGGAUUUGCGGAGCUCUGUCGAGGUUAUCUACCUUACUACCUGCUCAUAGUUCUCCCAAUAUUUAUCGUUGUGUCACCAAUGAAUCCCGUGACUGCAUCCCAUGAAUUACCAGUCUACAGAAUGCAUCAGUAUGACCUCCAUGGAGUAGCUCACGGAUGCAGAAGUGCCUCAAUACAGCUGGAAGCCAGAACCCUCAAUAGCUGGCAGACUUCCAGGCACUGUGUCAUCGCCAGACUGUCUGACCUCACACCUGACGUUUUUUACACAAUCAAGAGUAAAGCUGGUGCCCUCAUCCUAAUGUUGCCACAAGACAUGAAGAGUCUGACUCCAGAAGAACACGAGCACAUCCUGUCUCUGGAAGCAUCAAUGGAGUCCAGUGGAGAGACAACGAUUCCAGUGUACUUCUCCCCCUGGAACUCUGAUCUCCAGACAAUUCUCAAUGAUCUCGAACACGGCUUGAUAACGGAUGCUAAAGCCAAUACCGAAUUGCAAAACCUUGUUAAUUCCAUAUCUGCGAGUGGAUAUCAAGUGAUUGUGGCAGCUGGUCAACCAACGCCAAAGGCUGACGUUAAAAUUGCAACUGUUCAAGGGAAAUUGGCUGGAGCUGGAGUCGAAGAAAAAUUACCAACUGUUGCAAUAGUUGCUCAUUAUGACAGUAGUUCAGUUGCCACGGAAUUAUCCUUCGGAGCAGAAAGCAAUGCAUCAGGUGUCUCAAUGCUCCUGGAAUUAGCCAGAUUAUUCUCAGCUCUCUACUCGAUCAAUAAAUCACGAGCCAAGUAUAAUAUUGUGUUUCUCCUGAGUGGUGCUGGUAAAUUAAAUUACCAGGGAAGUAAAAAGUGGCUUGAAGAUCAGUUCGAUGGAGUUGAGGGCUCCGUAAUCCAGGACGCUUCGUACGUUAUUUGCCUGGACUCUGUAGCUAAAUCUGAUGACCUCUAUCUCCACGUGUCCAAACCUCCGAAGGAGAAUUCAUUCGGCAGUUUAUUCUAUAAAGAAUUGAGCUCUGUGGCCCAGGUUGUUGGAGAAACGAAAGUCGAGGGCAUCCACAAGAAGAUAAAUCUUGCUGAGGAAAGUCUUGCUUGGGAGCAUGAGAGGUACAGCAUAAGGAGACUCCCAGCAGCUACUUUAUCGAGCUUGAAGAGUCAUGACGAUCCAGGACGAGCGUCAAUCCUUGAUGUGACCAGAGAGGGACAGACUGAAAGACUUCACAGACAUACUUCCAUCGUUGCUGAGGCUUUGGCUAGGCAUUUGUAUGGAGUUAAUUCUACCUGGAUUUUCUCACCUCCUGUGGAAGUUUCAAAAGAAUCAUUAAGUGUCUGGAUGAAUUACUUAACAUCUCAAUCGAGAUCAGUGCCACUUCUAGCCGAUAAAAAUAAUCCCUUAGUUAAUUCUCUUCAAGAAAUAAUGUCACGAUAUCUGAUAGACGUCAGAACGACAUUCCACACUCCCGACAAGAGAGAUCCAGAGUUUGUCUUCUACGAUAUUUCGAAGACAAACAUGAAUGUGUACAGUGUCAAGCCAGCAAUAUUCGAUCUAUUCCUCACGAUAGCAAUAAGUUUGUACCUCGGAGUGGUAUACUUCAUCGUCCACAAGUUUUCACAUCUCUACAAUCUGACUGUCCACAUGACAGUGAAGAGCAAAGUAUCUUAAUGUCCACCUCUAGGAGCCAAAGAAAUUUAUAAUUUUCCGUUUCAAUAAAUCGUUCGUCAAUGGAACGAACGUGUUAACUCAAAAAAUUUUUCAACAGAGGCGAAAGCUAUCGGUAGUCACUCGUGGAUAGUGCAGACCCUUGAAAAUGUUCGUUAGUCCCCUGGGCCUUAAAUGAGAUU